AUGUCAGCAUAUGUAUUUAUUAAACCAGACAAAAACAGUGGUUCCAAUCAAUAUAGAACUUCGUUUCCAACGCAGUUGUAUGGCGUGAUCGAACCGACUGAAUAUGCCGAGACAAUCAAACGUUUCAAUAUGUUGUCGAAAUCGCUCAAUACGCGAGCACUCCUAGUAUUGAUGCCGUUGUUUUGUAUUGGUGGUGUGCUUGCUGUCAUUGGUUUCGCUAUUAGUGUUGUGGCGCUCAGUGCCAUCGGAGGUGCAAUUGCCGUGGCCGGUGGUAUUGGAAUGGUAGCAUUUGCAAUCCAUCGCAUCAGCCGUGUUUCAGUGGCAUUGCCCAAAGCACUCGAGGAAGCGAAUGAAUAUUACGGUCUGCGAGGAAUCAGAUUCUCCAUCUACAACAAAGUCUCGAAACACUACAAUAUCAGUAACAACGGCUUCAAAGAGAGUAUCAUCCGAAGAUACAUAAAGAUCGACUAUCCCAUUCCAGAGAAUGUCAACGUCAAUCCAUUGACCACUUCAACUCCAUCUUUAUCGUCGUCAUCGGUUCAUCCAGUUUCACCACUACCCUAUAGUUUUACACCUGCACCAAAUCAAUCACAACAACAACAACCAAUUUAUCAACAACCAAAUCAACUUCCACAACCAUAUCAGCAACAAUAUCAACCAUAUCAACAACAACAGCAAGUACCACCACAGCAAUAUCAGCAACAACAGCAAUUCCAACCAUUUACACAACAGUAUCAACAACAGUUUCCACGACAACAACCACCAACACCAAUUUCACUACCGAAUCAAGAACAAAGACAGCAACAUUAUCAACCACCAGUUGUACAACAUCAACCAACACAGUCAUUCCAAAAGCAUCAACCACCAGGUACUCAAUUGGUAAGGAAUAAUAAUCUAGCUUCUCAAAUGGUUUUAUCUAUCGAUCAAAAUAUGGAUUUUGUUGAAAAUAAUAAUAAUAAUAAUAAUAAUAAUAAUAAUAAUAAUAAUAAUAAUAAUAAUAAUAAUAAUAACAGAAAAGAAGAAGAUCAGAAUGAAACAAGUUCAUUACUUUCCAAAAAUAACUAUGAUGACGACUUUUAA